GGAGGGAGGUGUGUGGAGCGGAGGGGAGGUGUGGGGGCGAGAGGAGGUGACUCUCCGGCAAGCAUUUACACACACACACAGCGAAAGGAUCAUGGCGGAUGGCCCCAGGUGUAAGCGCAGAAAGCAGGCGAACCCGCGGCGAACGAGCGUGAGUAACUACAGCCAUGUACUAGAAGGUCAGUCAGACUCUGAUGAUGAGGAUAAGCUUCACAUCGUGGAAGAAGAGGGGAGCCCCCUGGAUGGAGCUGAUGGAGACAGCGUGGCCCAUGACGACGACCCCAACGGCCCUGAAGACAGAUGGGAUGAAGUGAAAGAAGAGUGUGUGUCAGAAGAGGAUGAGAGGAGUAGGGAUGCUCUGGUUGAGGAGAUGCUUCAGCAGGGAGACACAGCAGUCAUUUUUCCAGAGGCACCAGAGGACGAACCUCGCCAGGGCACACCAGAGACCAGCGGCCAUGAUGAGAACGGCACACCCGAUGCGUUCUCCCAGCUCCUCACCUGUCCAUACUGCUCUCGCGGCUACAAGCGCUACACGUCUCUGAAGGAGCACAUAAAGUACAGGCACGAGAAGAGUGAGGAUAACUUCAGCUGCUCACUCUGCAGCUACACCUUCGCCUACCGCACCCAGCUCGACCGGCACAUGACCGCACACAAAGCAGACAGAGAUCAGCGGCAUGUAACCCAAACAGGGGGUGGAGGAAACCGUAAGUUUAAAUGCACUGAAUGUGGCAAAGCCUUCAAAUACAAGCACCACCUGAAAGAACACCUGCGCAUCCACAGUGGAGAGAAGCCAUACGAGUGCUCUAACUGUAAGAAGCGUUUUUCCCACUCCGGUUCCUACAGUUCCCACAUAAGCAGCAAGAAAUGCAUCGGCCUCAUCUCCGUCAACGGUCGGCCGCGGCCUUCCCCGGCCACAGGUGGCGCCAAAACCCCUCAGUGCCCUUCUCCAUCCCUGCCCUCCUCCCCUGCCACUGCACGCACUCAGCUCAGAGACAAACUGGACCACAGUAAGCCCUUACAGGAGCAGCUCCCACUCACACAGAUCAAGUCUGAGCCACAGGACUAUGAGUACAAGCCUGUGGUGGUGGCCCCAGCUGCUGGAGGAGUGAAUGGGGUUUUCCAGGGCGGAGCAGCAGCCCCUCUGCAGGGGGCGGUGCAGGCUGUGGUUCUGCCAACUGUGGGCCUGGUCUCGCCAAUCAGCAUCAACCUGGGUGACCUGCAGAAUAUGCUAAAGGUGGCGGUGGAUGGGAACGUGAUCAGGCAGAUGCUGGAGAACGCUCAGACCAAAGGCCAGCCCGCAGGCGCUGGGAGAGUGGCUAUAGCCCAGGCUCCACAGCAAGUUAUCCAAGCCAUUAGUCUUCCAAUAGUGGACCAGGACGGAACGGCCAAAAUUAUCAUCAACUACAGCCUGGAUCCAUCACAGGCCCAGGCAGCCCUACAGAACUUGAAGAAAGAGCCUGUGGGAAAGAACACUGAUGCCUGCAAGGCUGAGAGACUGCCUGAGGACCUGACAGUCAAAAGCAAGACAAGCAGGGACAAAACCACCAUCACUGUGGGUGAGGAGAAGCAGCAAGAGAAGGGACGUGAUGCAGCAUCCAAACACUGUGGCAAAGAAGGACAGCAGAUUAAUGGGACGCACCUGGAGGAGAAAACUGAAGCAGAUAUUGGACUGUGUCCUGGGCAGCCACCACUAAAGAACCUCCUGUCACUGCUCAAGGCUUACUUUGCCUUAAACGCUGAGCCCACCAAGGAGGAGCUGGCCAAGAUCUCAGAGUCGGUCAGCCUUCCUACCGAAGUGGUCAGGAAGUGGUUUGAGAAGAUGCAGUCUGGGCAGAUUCCUGUGGAAUCGUCCUCUCCUGCACCGCAGGACGAGCAGGACGCUGGUGGAGACACUGACGGAACACCAGAGGAAAUCCUCAAGUCUACCCUGGAGCAGGAUGAGGAAAGGAGCCCGGAAGAGCAGGAGAACAAACUUCAUAGCCCAGCAGAGGGAGCUACAGCUGGGACCAAUGGGACAGAAAGUGGCUCAGCAUCCCCUUCACCACUAAACCUAUCCGCAGACGGGCCCGUCCCAGCCCGAACCGCAGAGGAGGGUGAGGGACCCCUUGAUUUGUCCCUCCCUAAAUCCGCAGCUGCAGCUAAUGCGGCUGGCGCUCACGCUAACACUGUUUACUCGGCUCAGGAUGAGCCACUGAACUUGACUUGCACAAAGAAGGAAGCGCUGGGCAAUGCAAGCGCCGGUGCUGCAGUCUAUGCCAGCCAAACAAGUGCCAAUCCCAUUAACAUUGUGACCACUCAACUGCCCACGCUGGUGGCUAUCACCGAGCAGGGCCAUGGGCAGUGUCUGCGUGCCCUCACCACCACUAAACAGACCAUCCUGAUUCCACAGCUGGCCUACACCUACACCACUACAGCCUCCAGCCCAGCAGGGGGCGACACACAACAGAAGACCAUACUGCAGGUCAACGGCAUCAAGGAAGAGAAGCAGGAGAGCAGUUCAGAGGUGGCUACUGUAUUGGAGGAGCAGACAGACUCCGACUCCGGCCCAGUGAGGAAGAAGAUGAAGAAGACUGAAAAUGGCCUGUAUGCCUGCGACCUGUGUGACAAAAUCUUCCAGAAGAGCAGCUCACUGCUUCGACAUAAAUACGAACACACAGGUAAACGGCCUCACGAAUGUGGCAUCUGCAGCAAAGCUUUCAAACACAAGCACCACCUGAUCGAGCACUUGCGUCUGCACUCAGGAGAAAAGCCGUACCAGUGCGAUAAGUGCGGCAAACGCUUCUCUCACUCGGGCUCGUACUCGCAGCACAUGAACCACCGCUACUCCUACUGCAAGAAGGAGGCCCAUGGGCAGGGCAUGGCGCAGAGCACCGAGGAGGAGGAGAACCACAAUGAAGAACAGCCUCGGCCUGAGAGCACUGCAGCGUCACCUCCAUCACAGCUGGACUCGGACGAGCGAGGGAGCAGCGCCAGAGAGGAUGAGGAGAGCGAAGAGGAGGAGGAGAUGGGCUCUGGCAGCGUGGUGGACGAGGACGAGAUCCAGGUGGUCAGGAUCGGGGAGGAAGGAGGAGAGGAUGAGGAGGAGGAGGAAGAAGAGGAGAGGAUGGAGGAGACGGAGGGAGGAGCCGAGGAACACGUCAGGGAAAACGGAAGACAAGAGGAGACGGUGGAAACACUAGAAGAAGGACAAGGAGAGGGAGAGAAAGAUGGAGAGAUGAUGAAGGUUGUGGUGAUGCAGGUGUGCGAGGAAGAGGAGGAUAACGAAAGAGCAGAAGAACAAAUGGAAAACGCAGAGCCGAUGGACACGCAGGAGAACGAGGAGCAGGAACAAGCAGGGGAUGCAGGAGAGAAGGAUGAAGGUGAGGAGAAAGGAGAACUUGUGAAGGAGAACGGUGCAAAUGAAGGAAACACAUCCAGCGAAAAUGGAGAUGUGAAAUGAAGAGGAAAAGAUAAACAGCUGGGCUUUUGUCGCCCCCAUCCUUUGCUACAUCGUUUUACAAAUGUUACUAAUUUGAAGGAACAAAGACUGCAGAUGCCGUCUCUUCCAGAGUAUUGACUGUGCAGUAAUGAAGAGAGGAGGAGGAGGAGGAGGAGGAGAGGAGCGCUGGAGCGCUGACGCUGCAUUUUAGCCCACUACUGUGUAUAAAAUCCCCUGGUGUGCCUGAUAAUACGAAACAAAACUAGUUGCUUUUCCAGUGUUUAUGAAUAUGGUUUGUAUAAAUACAAAGUUUAACAAACAAAAAUUGACGCAUAUACGGACUGAAAGCUAGACACGUUUUAGCUAAUAAUGUUUUAUUACUAAAACACCUUGGGUCAAUUUCUUUUUAUCAGUGUUACUAAUUUUUUGUCACUCUUGUUUAAACCUUAAAAAGCUGUACAGUUGGGAGAGAGAUUUCUAUAUGUUUUUAUUGCCAAUGAACAAAACUCAGUAUUUUAUUGCAUUUGAAGGAAAAAAAAAAAAAUCCUGUGCACUACCAUUCUCCCAGUUUACCGAUGGAUCACCUCUGUGGGCCUUGCGUUGUUUAUUGUCUACCUUUCAGUAUUAGCACUCUAGAGCUAACCCCUAUGCCAUGCUAGCCUGUGCUAGCUCAACAUUUACCUGUCUGUUUUGUUUUUGAAGUGGUCUGUGAGCCUUAAAUGUGUAAAAAAAAAAAAAAGACAAAAAAAGAUUUACACGGGUUUGGUGGGGUGGCAGGGUGGUAGUAACCUAAUCUUAAAUCCAAAAUAAACGUUUUGAGAACUGAUAUUUCUGAGAAAACCCCCAGAUUUGGGGUACAAGAUUUCACACGAGUCAAAAGUUCACUCUUCAGUCUGUGACCUCCCACCCUCCCUUAUGCAAAAGCAUGCAUGUUGAAGUGCCAUUUGACAGCGCUCUCGCCGUUCUCAGACACACUUACCAGGCAGCAUGUUAACCUGUGGGCUGGCGCUGUCUUUAAUGUGGUAGCAAAUCUAAACCCCUGAACCUGAACCACUAGUCCUAACCAAAGGACAAGACUGCCUCUUUUCUAACACAUUCAUGUAGUCUAUCAUCAAUUCAGGAGAAGCAAUCAAAGGACAAAAAAGAAAAGUUCAGUUUCUUUACCAGCCUUGAAGUGUUUAUCUUUUUUUUUUCCCCGUUUGGUGCACUUCUUUAUCUGAUUAGCUGCACAUAAACCUUUUCUUCAGGUAACAAAUAUAAGCAAAUAUGAACCCACAAUUACCUUCACCUGUAGAUUUUUUUCUACUUUUAUAACAGUCAGUAUUAAUUUUUGUCUUUUCUGUUUGUUUUGUUGUUUGUUUGUUUUUCAGUGAAACAUUGUGUAUUGUUUGUUUGCAGUCAUGGCAGUAUUAUUCCUCACCCCCCUCACCAGUAUAACUUUUGUUUAGUUUUAGAGACCUUUUAUAUUUAUGUGUCUUAUUUUUAUAUUUUUCUUUAUGGUUAUUUAUUACACAAUGUAGUGUACAAUAUUGUAGUUUGUAUUAAUACAAUAAUAUAUUUUAGUAUGAAGAAUAAUUUCGAAGAUAAAUGAAUACAAAGCUGGGGAAGAAACUCUAGCAUUUCAAAGUGUUUUAAAAUAGAAAAAGUAUUAUUUUCAAAUUUUCAAUUAUUUGAAAAAAUUAAAAAAAAAAAAGAAAUAAAAUAAAAAAAAAGACCACCCAAUGAAGGAUUUGACCUUUAUCUUCUCACGUUGCUCAUUCUCAUGUUACUGUCUCUUCCCCCACUAGACUUCGAGGCUACUGAACAUUGAUAAACGAAUUGUAUGCUAUACACGCAUGAGUCUUUGCUGUUGUACUGAAGGAUUGUCCUUAACCAUGAAACUGUGCUGCCCUUUUUACGAAGCCAAAAUGUUGUUAAUGUCAAUUUUAUGUUUUAUUUUGUGCCAAUGUGUUUUUUGUUCGUCUACGUCAAGGCCACAACUUGUUUUAUAUGUCCCUGUUUUAAUCUAUGGUUAUGUAUUUUUUUUUAUAGAUAGGUUUUUUUGUUUGUUUGUUUUUUUAUGGCUCCCCAUCUCACAAUAAAAUACAUCAAGAAUU